AUGGACAAUUUUCAACAGACAUUUUCUUUCGAUAGCAAUUCAAAGAGUGCAAUUGCGCUCUCAGUGCCGUUAGCAGCAUCCAGCAUCAUAGCAGUUCUAUCAGGUCCUAUUGGAGACAAAGUAGGCAGAAAGCGAUUUGUUUUUAUUGCCUGUAUUAUACAUACCAUCGGCACGAUAACACAGUGUGCUGGCCACACUUUUGCUGCUUUUUUCAUUGGAAAGCUGAUUACUGGAUUCUCAUUAGGCAUGUUUAGUGUCAUGUGCCCCUUAUAUCAAAGUGAAAUAUCAUUGCCGGAACACAGAGGCCGAUUGAUUUCCAUGCAUCAGUUUGGUGUCACCAUUGGGUUUUGCCUCGCAUUUUGGAUCACAUAUGGUACAUUUGACAUGCGGAACAAGCUCUCAUGGAGUAUUCCCUUGGGUAUUCAGAUUGUGCCUCCUGUGGUACUGAUGCUAGGUCUCUUCUUUAUCCCAGAAAGUCCUCGAUGGUUGAUCUAUCAAGGCAGGUUCUCAGAAGCCAAACAAAUUUUACGGGUAUUGCGGGCCAAGAAAGACAACGAUGAUUUGGAGCUUCGCAUGGAAUACACUGGCAUCAUUCAGGAGCGCAACUAUGACAACAAAUACUCUUCUCAAAGCUACAAGUCGUUGAUUGAACAGGGUAUCGACAAUAACAGAAAGAGAACCAUUCUCGGUGUGGGAUUGCAUAUCAUGACACAAUUGACUGGUAUCAAUGCACUAAUGUUUUAUCUACCUUACAUCCUGGAAUCCACUGGUAUAGCAGAAUCCAAUUCAGCCUUGCUGGGGAAUGGCAUCAGUGGUAUGAUCAACAUGUUGGCUACCAUUCCGUCCUUUCUCUAUAUUGAUAGAUGGGGCCGAAGACGCAUUAUGAUUAUAGGAGGCGUUGCUAUGGCCACUUGCAUGAUCAUAAUUGCAGCAGUGCAAGGAACCUAUUCCGUCCAACUACCCGCUAGCAAAGCGCGCGUAUUUCCCGGUGCGGUAUUUCCGAUCACUGUAUACAUUAAUGACAGCAGAGCAUCAUUUUGUGUUCUUGUGUUUCUAUGUCUAUUCUUGGCUUGUUUUGCUCUCAGUUGGGGGUCUAUGGGCUGGAUCUAUCCUGCAGAAAUAUACCCUCAAUCCAUUCGCGCAAAGGGUUUAGGUGUCACUACAGGAGCCAGUUACGCUACCAGUAUCUUUGUAUCGCAACUUGCACCCGUGUUAUUCAGAGAUAUUGGAUGGGGAACCUAUUUAUUUUUUGGCUUGAUCUGUUUGAUACAGUCAUACAUCAUUCAUAGAUUCUACCCCGAAACAAGAGGUAGGUCACUUGAAGAAAUCCACUUGAUUUUCAGUGGUGCAUUAAUUGAUCAAAGUCCAGGGGCACAUCAUCCUCAAACAGCGUUUGAAGCCCUCUCACAUCUCAAACAAUUCAACGUGGACAAUGGCCUUGAUCUGUCCAAGGCGUCGCUUCAUGGUGAUCCAAGUACAACUGUGGUGUCAUCUUCAUCCACCGUGAAUCAGCCUAUAUACCACGAACAGCCUCAUCCAUCACAUCAGAUGGAGGCCACGCUGGAUGCGGAUCCUUUAGACCGACCACAAUGCGUAGAGCAAAUUGAAUUGAAGUCUUUAAAUUAG